AUGUGGCUCUUUUAUCGUGAUAACCGAAUCUCCAAAUUCACCAUGUUCGGUCUUGUCCCUCACUGUAGCAAAGAAGUCACCCGAUGUUUGUGCCUCCCUGAUUUCCCUGAACCAGCCAACCUAUUCUGGAAGUACCUGGACUUGGCAACUUUUGUCCUUCUCUAUAUUCUGCCCCUUGUUAUUAUCUCGGUCACCUAUGUGAGCGUUGCUAAGAGGCUCUGGUUCCGCAAUGCCGUCGGGGACGUGACCGUCGAGCAAUACUUCGCCCUUCAGCGGAAGAAGAAGGCAACCAUUAAGAUGCUGAUAUUGGUGGUGGUCAUCUUUGCCGUCUGCUGGUUCCCCUUGAACUGCUACGUCGUCCUUCUCUCCAGCCAAGUUAUCCGCAGCAACAACGGGCUCUAUUUCGCUUUCCAUUGGCUUGCCAUGAGCAGCACCUGCUACAAUCCUUUCAUUUACUGCUGGUUCAAUGAGAAUUUCAGGGCGGAGCUCAAGAGCUGCCUCAAGGUGUGUCAGAAGAUCCCGGGCUUCAAGGGCCAAGGGCCGCCUCCUUCUACAGCUCUGUCCUACAGAAUGGCCUGGCCAGACAAUAGCAACUCCAAGGGGUCACCCGGCCUAUCGGCAUCCCAGUUCCAAUUGGGGAAAACUGCCUUGGCAUCUGUUGAACCUAUAGUUGCUAUGGGUUGAACGCUGUAGCAAAGUAAGCAAUGGUAGGUGGCCCUUAGCAGUUAGGAUUGUGUGUGAGCCUAGAGAAGAAGAGAGAGAAUGAUUUCCCAGAGUACCAUGUUUCCCCGAAAAUAAGACACUUAGGUCGA